AUGGUUCCACCCAAUUGCUCGAGUGUCCAGUUUCGCACGUUGCUCACUACGCUUAAUAUCUCCCAAUACCGCUCACUACUGUCUUCCAUUGCUGCCAUGGGAAGAGAAAACAUUGUUCACUAUCAGUUGGAACACGAUCAUGAGACUGACUUGACUCAGACGCUUCUGAGAUCGCCUCCAGAGAAGAUUUCUCCUCGUAAACCUGCUGCUGGUCAUGAUAACUUCCCGUUCUCUUUGUCGAAGGAGCUGACUAUCCAGGAUUACUUGGCCAACAACCGUUAUUUUGUGGAUUCCAUCCACCACAACCAUCUGAACCAGGUUUUUGAGUUGAACGGCAAGGGUCAGUCGCCACACACUUUGUGGAUUGGAUGUUCUGACUCUAGAGCUGGAGAAUCGUGUCUUGCUACGUUGCCAGGUGAGGUUUUCACUCACAGAAACAUCGCCAAUGUUAUUACUGCCAGCGAUAUUUCGUCUCAGGGAGUCAUUCAGUUCGCUGUGGAUGUCUUGAAGGUACGCAAGAUCAUUGUUUGUGGUCACACCGAUUGUGGAGGAGUUUGGGCUUCAUUGUCCAAUAAGAGAAUUGGUGGAGUUCUUGAUUUGUGGCUCAACCCCAUCAGACACAUUCGUGCUGCCAACAAGGACGUUUUGGCCGAAUUCAGAGACGAUCCACGUGGAACUGCCACCAAGUUGGCUGAACUCAAUGUAGUUUCGUCUGUUCUUGCUUUGAAAAGACACCCCAGUGCCCUGAUGGCUUUGAAGAAGGGCGAAAUCGAAGUUUACGGCAUGAUGUACGAAGUUGGCACCGGAUUACUCCGUGAAGUGGAAAUUCCAACUGAUGAGUUUGAGGACAUGUUCCACAUUCACGAUGGCCACGAUGAGGAGUACAACCCACACUAA